CCCACAGAAGCUGUUCCUUCCACUUCUCCCAUUGUCCCUGUGAUCCCUGUCCCACCAGUCCCUGCUGAGACCACUGUCAUCCCAUCCACCAUACCACAGGCAAAUCCCCCUCCAGUGCUGGUGAAUACAGAUUCGUUGGAGACCCCAACAUAUGUCAAUGGCACAGAUGCAGAUUUUGAGUAUGAAGAAAUUACUCUUGAAAGGGGAAAUUCGGGACUUGGCUUUAGCAUUGCAGGUGGUACAGACAACCCACACAUUGGAGAUGAUGCAAGUAUUUUCAUUACAAAAAUUAUAGCCGGGGGUGCAGCUGCACAGGAUGGAAGAUUACGGGUUAACGACUGUAUCCUGCGAGUAAACGAGGUGGAUGUUCGUGAUGUGACACACAGCAAAGCAGUGGAAGCAUUGAAGGAAGCAGGAUCAAUUGUACGAUUGUAUGUCAAAAGAAGAAAACCAGUCACAGAAAAAAUAGUGGAAAUCAAACUUGUUAAAGGCCCCAAAGGUCUUGGUUUCAGUAUUGCUGGUGGUGUAGGAAAUCAGCAUAUACCUGGAGACAACAGCAUUUAUGUAACCAAAAUCAUUGAAGGUGGGGCAGCACAUAAAGAUGGCAAACUUCAGAUUGGAGACAAACUUUUAGCUGUGAACAGUGUUUGCUUAGAAGAAGUUACUCAUGAAGAAGCAGUGACUGCCUUAAAAAACACAUCUGACUUUGUUUAUCUGAAAGUUGCAAAACCCACCAGCAUGUUCAUGAAUGACAGUUAUGCUCCUCCUGACAUCACAAACUCUUAUUCUCAGCCAGUGGAUAACCAUAUCACUCCAUCUGCCUACCUGGGACAGUCCAUGCCCCCAGCGUCACCAGGGCGAUACUCACCAGUUCCCAAGGGAAUGCUUGGAGAUGAUGAGAUAACCAGGGAGCCUAGAAAGGUUGUCCUACAUCGAGGAUCAACAGGUCUUGGUUUCAACAUUGUUGGAGGAGAAGAUGGAGAAGGAAUUUUCAUCUCGUUCAUCCUUGCAGGAGGGCCAGCUGACCUGAGUGGAGAGCUUAGGAAAGGAGAUCGCAUCAUUUCUGUAAAUGGAGUAGAUCUAAAAGCAGCAACCCAUGAACAAGCAGCAGCAGCCCUGAAGAAUGCUGGCCAAGCAGUGACUAUUGUAGCUCAGUACCGUCCAGAAGAAUACAGUCGUUUUGAGGCUAAAAUACAUGAUUUACGGGAACAGAUGAUGAACAGUAGCAUCAGUUCAGGCUCAGGAUCUUUGCGAACCAGUCAGAAGAGAUCACUCUAUGUCAGAGCUCUUUUUGAUUAUGACAAGACUAAAGAUAGUGGCCUUCCAAGUCAAGGGUUGAACUUCAAAUUUGGCGAUAUUCUCCAUGUCAUUAAUGCUUCUGAUGAUGAAUGGUGGCAAGCACGGCAGGUAACUCCAGAUGGAGAGAGUGAUGAAAUUGGAGUUAUCCCAAGCAAGCGGAGAGUUGAGAAAAAGGAACGAGCCCGUUUAAAGACAGUGAAAUUCAAUUCCAAAACAAGAGGAGAUAAAGGGCAGUCAUUCAAUGACAAGCGUAAAAAGAACCUCUUUUCCCGAAAAUUUCCCUUCUACAAGAACAAGGACCAGAGUGAGCAGGAAACCAGUGAUAUUGACC